AUGUCGAAAAAAUGUGAAGUCGAUCCACAGACAAUCACACAUUCAAUGUUUCAUGGGACGACGUAUCGUUGUCGUGAUCCGAUUACGAUGCUGGAAACGGAAGCUGAAUUUUGUGAGAAUGAAGAGUGUGCAAUGUGUGGCAUUCUCAGAGAAGGAAAUAAAAAGCGUAAAACCAGAAAUAGCUGGUUGUGGUGGAAGAAGUCGGGAAUUUGGUCGUCGAAUGAUCCAGGGCAUUCAUUAGCCCAUUCCCUGAAACGGCCCGAUCAGCAUCCUUACAUUAUGUUUGUAUUAGAUGUGCUUUCGCCAUUACCUGGUUAUACACUCGAGGUUUUUGAUGAGGCUGCAACAAUACCUAAAUACUUGAUAGUCUUCGAAUAA